UGUCCACGUCAGGGAGGAGCUAUGGCUGCAGCAGCAUGGUGUGUAAUCGGAUGGUCUGGUCAGGUACAGAUUGGUGUGGGAUUUGUGAUGCCACUCAACAAGUGGCAGUACAUAUUUGAGUCUGCUUCCGACGGAAUGUGCACAUUAGAGGUGGCAUGGAACCUGUGGACACCACUGCAAGCAGAUGAAAGUAGCCUGACUGGACAGGGCUGCCGGACAAUGUGCCCCGCAUCCAGGAAGCUUCCGGCAACACCGGAGAAAGUUGCUGCUUUGCAGAGCUGCCUGGAGAAAUACAUAAGUGACCAUCCAAUGGGGCCACCAGCACCACCUCCGGAGAAACACCUUGCUUCUCUGCGGAAGCACUUUCGGAGCUAUAUUUUGCAGAAGCAUGUCGCCGGGGCAAGCAAGUGCAAAACUAAAUACACGUCCACCGCGCCAGCCAGCGCCCACCGUGCCGCACAGCACCCACCGUGCUGCCCAGCAACCACCGUGCCCAGCAACCACCAUGCCGCCCAGCACCCACCGUGCUGCCCAGCAUCCACCGUGCCCAGCAACCACCACGCCGCCCAGCACCCACCGUGCCACCCGUCACCCGGCAUGCCACCCAUCAACAUAAUCCACCAUGAUGAUGGAUGA